AUUAGGUUGGAUUUAUUUUUAAGUACCUACUUUAAUUGGCUGUGUUUGGGUAGAAAAUAAUAUUAUGUAAGGGUAAUAUUUUUUAUUUCCUGAAGAUUUACUUUAUAUAAUUUCUGGAAAGCAUCAUUACAGAUAUUUCAUGAUUGAAUGUUGUGUUAUUUAAUAAGUAUGAAUUUAAUAAUGACAUGACAAUGUUGAUUUUGUGUAAUAGUAGUAUAUUGGUGAAAUAAUUUUUUAUCAUCUUUCUUGUAUCCACUAUAUUACCAUGUAUCUUGGUGCUAGUGUUAUGGUAGUGAAGUGAAUAUAUUAUUAACUUUGCACAUCUAUUUUAAUUAAUCUGUUAAAGCAAAUGUUUUGUAUUUGUUUUGGGUAUAAAAGGUAUUGAUAUCUUUAACAAAUCCUUUUUAGUAACAAUUUCCUAUUUUCUAAAAUUUUAAUUUAGUAGUUGUUGAAACAGUAUGUUACCAUAGUACAAAUACGAUUUAUUUAUAUUUUAUGUAGAUUUCUAUACAUUUUAUUAUUCUUUAUGUAGUAUUGCAACCAUGCAACCGACUUUGUAGAACCGACGUAAACAUAGCUAUAGUUCUCGUCUCGCCCUGGCAAUACUGAAGUUGAAGGUCGACCAUGAUAAAACAGUGAUGCAAUAAUUUAUCGUCACAGAUGUAAAUAUCGUCAGUAGUGUACCGGUGUAGUACGAAAACUACGGCUCGAACGUUUCACACCUAGCCUAGUUAUUGCAUUGAUUUUUUUUUUUACUUUUUGACUUGACUUUUUCCGAAAAUGUCUUUUGAACCGGUUACUCAUUUAUUAUUCGAUAUGGACGGACUUAUUCUGAAUACAGAGGACCUGUACACACUGGGGUUCCAGGAGAUAGCGUCUCGCUUCGGCAAGGAGUUCACUUUCGAGCUGAAGAGCAAGAUAAUGGGUAUGCAGACGCGGCAGUUCGCAGCCACUAUCGUCGAAGACCUCGGCCUGCCCAUGACUGUUGACGAGUUUGUCCAGGAGUCACAGAAGAUUUUGAAAGAGUUGUUUCCGCUGUGUCAAGUUAGGCCUGGCGUAGAGAAGCUGAUUCGUCAUUUACACAAACACGAAGUCCCGAUAGGCCUCGCAACAAGCAGUUCCAUCGAGUCGUAUAACAUGAAGGUGGUGAAACACCAGGCUCUGUUCGACCUGUUCCCAACAAAGACGUGGGGUUCUUCUGACCCUAAAGUCAAGAGCGGGAAGCCUAGCCCUGAUAUAUUUUUGGUUGCUGCGGCCAAGUUUCCUGAUAAUCCUCCGCCUCAGAAGUGUCUUGUAUUCGAAGAUUCCCUGAACGGCGUGGUCGCGGCGCGAGCGGCCGGCAUGCAGGUGGUCAUGGUGCCCGACCCGCGGCUCGACCGCACCGCAGCCGCGGAAGCAACACUAGUCUUAGACUCCAUGGAGGAUUUCCAGCCUGAAGCGUUCGGGCUACCGCCUUACGACGACUGAACAAAACUGUUAGUAUAAUGUAGCUAAAUAGUAGUUUGUGUACCAAAACAAUGACUCUGAACACAACAAUGACUCAUGAAUAGCAAUCAUUAAUGUUGUUUUUCUAAUAUACAUAUAUUUUUCUUAACAAUUUCUCAGACGAUCAAUAAGACACAAUCAAAAGUGUGACGCAAUGUUAAAGCAAAGAAUAGUAUAUAUUCCUCGAGCAUUUUUUUUUUACUUUUAUUCAAAGUCAUAUUACGUAUGUAAACAGACAAUAUAGUACAAGUACAAAUUGAAUUCAGCCAUGAUUAACAUUCGCCUAGAGAAGAAAUCUAACCAUAUUCUGAUUUCUUCCUUCAUUAAAUCUUGUAAUCAAAUAUUAUUAAAUGUAUAUACAUAUAUGUUGUCUAGUCGUAUGUUUAGGAUUUAUUUUUUGCAUUAGAUGAUUAAUUAUAAAAUGUGAUCUAAGUAAAAUGAAAAAUAAAUCCACAUUAUAUAAUAAUGUC